GGGCCGUGUGCGCCCAAGUCCAAGGGCAGCCGUCCUCCGCGGGCCCCAGGGUGGCGAGUUUGGGCCGAGCCCAGGGAGCGGGAGAAGGAGCGAGUCUGAUUCAGGAAGUCGAGCCUCUGACAUCAGGGGCAGGACGGAGUUGGAGUGAAACCUCAAAAAUGCGAGGCGUCGGCCAGCGGGAGGGCAGGGAACACAGAGGGCGCCUUUCUCAAAGCCGGAGGCAGGUACGCGCAGCGCAGGGCGGCCCCCGCUGACCCUCCACCUGGGCCUGGCCCGCGCGGGACCCGCAGGGGCUUCCAGUGAGACACCAGGACCUCGUCCCUGCGCCCGAUCGCUGGUGCACGGGCAGCACCCGGCGGACCCCCGAGCGACCACGCCUGCAGGAAGCCCUCCAGUGGACUCAAGGAUUUCCCCCAUUUUGGAGAUGAAGAAGCUGAGGCCCAAAGCAACUGAAUGACCUUCCCAAGGACGCAUACUGAGUGCUAUCCGUGGCAUGCCCAAACCCAAAGCUGGUAGAGGAAUAAGUUACAAGUGGGCAAUUCUGCAACCUGUCACGCCCAGGCCUUGCUGGUGAGCUGAGAGGCUCCUCUGGUCCCAUCUAGCCAAGCACCAUGGAGAAAAUCAGCGCCUUCUUUAGCGCCAUCUGGGACACCAUCUCGGCCAAACACCAAGAGGGCCUCUUCAACAGCAUCUGUCUAGGCAUCCUCCUGGGGCUGCCCCUACUGGUGAUGAUCACCCUCCUCUUCAUCUGUUGCCAUUGUUGCUGGAGCCGGGCAGGCAAAAGUGGCCAACAGCCAGAGCGAAACAAGGGGAAGAAGAAGAAGAAGAAGAAGAAGAAGAAGAAGGCUGAAGAAGACCUCUGGAUCUCCGCUCAGCCCAAGCUUCUCCAGAUGGACAAGAGGCCAUCACUGCCCGUCUAGUUAGACAGGAGGCAGAAGUGUCCUCCCCUGGGGGCUCAGCUGCCUUCCAACCACACACAGGGUAGGGAGGAGAAAUCCCUGAAGUGAUGCACUCACAUCCACAGAGGAGCUACUCAACCAAGGAGCAAACCUCAGACUGAGUAUCCCCAUGGAGGACAUUCCCGGGGAACACGUGGACAAGUCUUAGGUGCUGUCUCAGCAUCUGUGUGUCCAAUAGCAAUGCUCUUUACUACAGACUCAGGCAUGCCUUCCACCCACCUCUGGCACAUUCCAUAUGCAAAAGCACAAGGAACGUUUAUCCAUACAUCUUGACAUAUCUCCCAAAUGCACACAUGCACACCACACACACACACACACACACACAUUCAGGCAACAGGUACCUGGACAAGUAUAUACUGUUCAUCAAAUGGUCACUGAAUGUCUACUUUGUACAAGGCACUAAACAAGGCAGUACAUUAUC